AUGACAGGAGCAAAAGCAAGAUCAAAAUCUACAGAUGAAUCAGUUAAAAAGCUGAAAGCUCAACUACAAAGUUACAUGAUAUCUAAUGAUUCGAGGAUUGAUGAAUUAGGUAACAAAAUCGAUAAGUUGUUGGAGAAGAUGAUCGCACCACAAGGAGGAAUCCUGGGGAGUGCACCAGCUGAAGGAAUGCAGAUUAUGGGGUCUGGUAGUCGAACUCUAGCUGGAGAAAAUGGUGAACCUUUAUUUGGUCGAUCUCAGGGAAACUUUUCUCAUUCCAAAUGGGAAAUUCCAUAUUUUGAAGGAGUAGAUCCUUGUGCUUGGUUGCGUAAAUGUGAGAGCAAGGGUAUAGUUAGAUGGGCCAAUUUUACCGCAGAAAUCUGUAAUAGAUUUGAAGGUGCAACUAACAGUAAACUGAAUCUUAUUGGUGAAUUUAAAAACAUAGAACAAAAAGGGACUGUUAAUGAAUAUUUGGAGCAAUUUGAAGACUUGAAGGCUUGGGUGUUGAUUAGGAACCCAACUAUACCUGAGGAUUUCUUCUUAGAGUUUUUCAUUGAAGGACUCAAGGAAGAAAUUAGACACUCUGUUAAGCUGUUAGAACCAUAUUCAUUCAGUAAGGUUGUGGAGAAAGCUAGACACCAGGAGAAUAUGAUUGAGUUCUUGAACAAGAAGGAAAAGGCACAAAGGAAUAGGGGUUUAACUACAAACUACUCUGCCCAGACCAUUAAAGCACCUAAUAGCUCAGAGGCAAUUGAAACAGGUGAAGCAGGAAUUGAAGAAACUGAGCCAUACUUACAAGAGGAGGAAGUAGUUGAUGAGGCAAUUAGCCUAAAUGCCUUGUCAGGAACUGAGGUUCCUAAUACUAUUAAACUGAGAGGUGAAUCUAAGAAAAAUAGUAUGUCAAUUUUGCUGGACUCAGGGAGUACACACAGUUUUUUGGACAUGGAAACUGCUAAAGAAAUGGGAUGUGCAAUCAAGGAGACCUCUCCCAUGAGGGUUACUGUGGCUAAUGGGAAUCAUGUGAUGAGUUAUCACACUUGUCCCACCUUUAAAUGGAAGAUUCAAGGGGUUGAAUUUGAAGAUUCAGUGAGGUUGAUUAGAUUGGGAGGAAAUGAAAUGAUUCUAGGAGGGGACUGGAUGAAAAAACACAACCCUAUACUCCUAGAUUUCAUAGAGUACAAGGUUGAAGUGACUCACAAAGGGAAAAUAGUGGAGCUGAAAUGGAUUUACAGUCAAGGGGAGCUAAAAGGUAUGUCUGCCUAUGGGGUGAAACAACUACUCAAAAAAGGGAAGACAGUUUGGGCUCAUCUAUUCACCAUUUCAGCAACAGAAGAGCAAAAAGAAGGGGAAAUACCUGCAGAAAUCAGCACACUCCUCCAUCAGUAUGUGGAUGUAUUUGCUGAGCCUACUUCCUUACCUCCCAAGAGGAAUCAUGACCAUCACAUUCCCCUGAAAGCAGAUGAAAUCCAGUCAGUAUCAGGCCAUACAGGUAUAAAUUUUUUCAAAAAAAAUAAAAUAGAGAAACAAGUCAAUGAGAUGUUGCAUAAUGGUCUAAUACAACCCAGUCAUUCUCCAUUUUCUUCUCCUGUGCUAUUGGUUAAGAAGAAAGAUGGUAGUUGGAGGUUUUGUAUUGACUAUAGAGAAUUAAAUAACAUGACUAUUAAGGAUAAAUUCCCAAUCCCUUUAGUGGAAGACUUAAUGGAUGAGCUAUGUGGAUCAAGUGUGUAUUCUAAGAUUGACUUAAGGGCAGGCUAUCACCAAAUCAGAAUGGGAGAAAGUGAUAUAUACAAAACUGCAUUUAGAACUCACUUGGGUCAUUAUGAGUUUAGGGUCAUGCCUUUUGGCUUGACCAAUGCACCUGCCACCUUCCAAUCUUUAAUGAAUCAUGUAUUUCAGCCCUACUUGAGAAAGUUUAUUUUAGUAUUUUUUUAUGACAUAUUGGUCUACAGUCCUUCUAUGUCAACUCAUGUCAUCCAUCUCACAAAGGUAUUGGAAGUAUUAAGAACUGAACAACUCUUUGCUAAGCUGUCCAAGUGUUCUCUUGGACAACUUAAGGUGGAUUACUUGGGUCACAUUAUCACUAGGGAAGGAGUGUCUACUGACCCCUCUAAGAUUGAGGCCAUGUCUAAACGGCCUAUUCCUAAUUCAAUUAAGGCUUUGAGAGGGUUCCUAGGGCUGACAGGAUAUUACAGGAGGUUCAUUAAGUCAUAUGGAAUCAUUAGCAAACCACUGACAAACUUGUUGAGGAAAAAUGCCUUUCAGUUGAAUUUAGAGGCUGAACAAGCAUUUUUUCAGCUUAAGAAAGCUAUGACAACAGCCCCUGAAGGCAGACCUAUUGCCUUCUUCAGUAAAACAUUAGCCCCUAGACACAUGGGGUUAUCUACUUAUGAGAAGGAGUACAUGGCUGUGUUAUCUGUAGUUGACAGGUGGAGACACUACUUACAGGGGAGUUAUUUUAUUAUAAAAACUGACCAUCACAGUUUAAAAUAUUUGUUGGAGCAAAGAGUGACUACUGCAUUACAGCAAAAAGGUUUAACUAAGUUGUUGGGGUUGGACUAUGAGAUACAGUACAAAAGAGGGGCUGAAAAUAAAGUAGCAGAUGCAUUGUCCAGAAGACAAGAGGAGGAGUCUGAAUUGUGUGCUGUUUCUACCGUGGACCUACAUGGAUGA